ACACAUCAGCAUUAAAUGGAAGGAAGCAGCGAAGAUCCAUAUGACAUCGAAAACCUUUUCACUCCGUUACUAAUUUCAAUGGGUCAGACUCAGGAGAAUGAUUUGCCUCCCUCGCCCGAUCCGUGUUGUAUCUACAGAGUUCCUGAACCAGUACGGUGUGUAAAUGAAAAGGCCUACACACCUCAACUAGUCUCUAUAGGCCCGCUUCACCAUGGCAAGGAAGGCUUAGAAGAAAUGGAAGGACACAAGAGGAGGUACCUGCAGUAUUUUUUAGAGCGGACUGGGGUCAGCGAGAAAGAUUAUGUAACGAAAAUAAAGGGCAAGGAAGCGGAAUUGCGCAGUUGCUAUGCGCACACCAUUGAGUUUAGCAGUGAAAAAUUUGUAGAAAUCAUUCUUGUGGAUGCCGCGUUCAUCAUUGAGCUUUUAUUGAGGGGGGACGGGGAGCAUAUCAAGCCCGAUAGCAAUGACCGCAUCUUUUACAAACCAGGGUUCAUAAAUUUUAUGGUACCUGACAUGCUUUUGCUCGAAAAUCAGCUGCCAUUUUUCAUUCUUGAGGAUCUCUUUUCCUGGACCCCAAAAAGUGAAGAGGAUCUCCUUCCCAUUGCGGAUCAGGUGCCGGCUACGAAGCUUUCAGUACUUGGCCUCUCUUACGAGUUCUGCAAGAAAUCAACGGGUUUUUAUAUGGAAAAAGACAAUUGGGAAUGUCCUAGUUCUAAAGUACAUCAUUUUGUUGAUUUGGUUAGAACUUUACAUCUACCAACGGCGAAGGGGAACUCAAAAAAUGGAGAGCAACUCGAACUUCUAGGUAUACCGACCUUGACGAAACUACACAGGGCUGGAGUCAAGUUUCGUCCGGUGAGACCAAGCGAGAAUCUAUUUGAUAUACGUUUCACUGAUCAAGACGGAAUUUUGAAAAUUCCACAUCUAAUAAUCGAUGAUGACACAGAGCUUGUACUCCGAAACCUUAUUGCCUUUGAGCAAUGCCAUUGCACUCCGAAUUCCUACUUUUUCAGUGAUUAUAUCAUCCUCAUUGAUCAUUUGGUGAACACCCCAAAUGAUGUGGAAUUGCUUGUCAAGGAGGAAAUUGUUGAAAAUCUGCUUGGUGACAACAAUGAGGUAUCUACUCUGAUUAACAGGCUUUGCAAAGGUGUUGUGUUUGACAGAGAUGAAUUCAGUUAUGCUAAGCUUACAAAGGACCUCGACAACUACUGCAAAAAUCCGUGGAACAAAUGGAUGGCGGAUCUGAAACAAACAUAUUUCGACACACCUUGGAAAAUUAUUUCCUUCAUUGUUGCUACAUGUGUCAUCGUUCUCACUAUCACACAAAUGGCGUGGACUUUUACUCACUAAGUUAGGCACUCCGUUUUCCAUUUCAUUUUUCUUCCUGUUCUUUUCCCACUUAAUUUCUAUUGUGCACUAUAAUGUAAAUUUGCAAUGGCUUGUCUAUGCGUGAAGUUAAAUAA